AUGGCGCUGGCAUCCGGCUCUCAUCCUGACGAUUAUGCGGGUCGCAACAUCUGGUUCCGAAACCCGGGACGCCGGGAGCCUGCUAUUGCCGGUGCCGAGGAGACCCCCUGUUUGCGGGGAGGAUUCAGAACUGCAGCAUCGAGUUUGUUUGAAAUUAGUGUUUGGCUGAGAACUACUCUUCAUUCAACAUCAAACACCUUCUUUGUGAUCCAGAAAUCUACAAAGACACGUUGCCAGCUGGUGUUCGGGCAGCCUGAGGACAUGCUGAAUUUGAGAAAUAAGCCACCAGUAGCACAGCAGGGAUUCCUCUCAGACCCUUUCCCGGAGCUGCGAGUAGAGUCACCCUUUACACAGGAAAGCUGGAGGGUGCUACGUGGAAAAAAACAAAACAAGAAGAAAGUGGAGGAGGUCCUAGAAGAAGAGGAAGAAGACUAUGUGGCGGAAAAAGUUCUUGAUCGGCGAGUUGUCAGGGGCAAAGAGGAAUAUCUUCUAAAAUGGAAGGGUCUCUCAGAGGAUGACAACACAUGGGAGCCAAAAGAGAACCUGGAUUGUCCUGACCUCAUUGCUGAGUUUUUACAGUCACAGAAAACAGCUCGUGAGAUAGAUAAAUCAGAGGGGGGCAAACGCAAAGCUGAUUCUGAUUCUGAAGAUAAGGGAGAGGAAAGCAAACCAAAGAAGAAGAAAGAAGAGCCAGAAAGGCCACGAGGCUUUGCCCGGAGUUUGGAGCCAGAACAGAUUACUGGAGUUACAGACUCCAGUGGAGAGCUCAUUUUACCCGUGAAAUGGAAAAUCUCUGAUGAGGCUGAUCUGGUUCCUGCCCAGGAAGCCAAUGUCAAGUGCCCACAGGUUGUCAUAUCCUUCUAUGAGAAGAGGCUAAGGUGGCAUUCCUACCCCUCAGAGGAUGAUGACAAAAAUAAUGACAAGGAUUUACCCUCUUGA